UUUCCCUUGCGGGUAACCAAUUCGCAAGGAAGUAACCGGGCUUUGAACUUGAGUAGAGUGUGAUAGCGAAGAUCACGACGAAUUGCAAAGUUCUAUUGAGUUCAAAAUGCGAUCCACUCGUACCACUCCCACCUUCACGGUCUUCGUUCUCUUCAUCAUCGUGAUCCUUCCCCACUUUACUAUCCAGGGACACUCAUUCUCACCAUUUGCAUCGUCUCUCGAAACCCUCCAAAAACAACUAGGGUACUCGUUCAAGACCAUAAGUCUUCUUCGUCGUGCUAUGACUCACGCUUCCUUCUCCGAAGAAAACAACAAAGCUUUCAGCAUUUUUGGUGCUACCAUCAUUGAAACGUCGGUUUCUUUCAAUCUGCUUUCCAAAGACGUUGAUGUUUCUGCCAAAGAGAUGAACCGUCGACUGUCGUUGAUCUCCAAUGUGGACUCUUCUUGUGCAGUUGAUGGAGUUCGUUUGGGUUUGCAUAAGGUGGUUCGUGUUUCGCCCAAGACUAAUUCUUCUUCCACUGCUGUGGUUUGCGGUGCUUUCCGAUCGAUAUUCGCUGCUAUUGCUCUUGAUGCUGGCAAUUCGGAUACUGCCGGUAAUGUUUUCUUGACUGUUCAUGGUCGUGAUCUGGGGUUUUCUAUGGAUAUGUGAAAUGUAGGUCUAACUUUCAGUGUUAGUGUUUCAUUCUGAAGAUACUUAAUGACUUAUGUAUUAGUUGUUUGUAGAACUUAACUUUUGCUUAAUCUUAGUUUAGAGUGUGUUCGGAUUGCACUUGUGAGACUUUUUGUGAGAGUUUAUGAAAACAGUUUAUGACAUGUCUAUAACCGCUUUAGGAUUGCUUACAUGAAAACGAUUUGACUUUGUUUUAGAAAUAGAUAAUAUAUAAGCACUUAUGAUAUGAAGUCAAGGUUGUGAACUGCAAGUCUGCAAUGUAUGUUAUUAUAACUGAUUGUGUGUUGUUGAAUCAAUAUCUAUUGCUGUUUGUUUUUA